CUUUCCACGAGGAGCGGCGCAUGCCCGCUGGAGGCUUCGCGAGCGCAUAGUGCUGGCAUUUUACCUUUCAGUAAUUAAGGGAUAAUGGCAAAGGAGCGAGCAAGCUACUCGCGUGAAGAUGAACGGCACAUGUGGAUGUUCUUAUAUGAUCAACUCCGAAAGGGAGAACCUGCUGCACGGGAGCCGAAAGGCCUCAAAAUAUGGAAGUUGUACGCUGAAGAAAACAUUGGUAGGACAGCAGACAGCCUGAAUACUAGGUUUCGCAGAAGUAUGAUGAAUAGGCUGUACGAUGCCAGUCUUCCUUGUCACAUGAUGAUGUAUCUCUACUCCCAGUACCAGAUCCCGAUGACUAGCGAUGUCAAAAUUGCACUGGAACUGAGAUUUCAAAUACAAAUCAUACUGAAACCAUCGGGAGCUUUGAAGAGCUUCAAACGAAAGGAGGAACCCCUUCGCGUCCAAGCAGGAAGAUCGCCAUUGGAGACACCUCCAUGCCAAGAGGAAAGCGAGUCGCAAUCGUCCAAGGAUAACUCCCCUUCUCCCUCCACGGAAAGAGGCCCGGAGUCUCCAGAAUUUGCUCAGCAGACUCGUGAGGUAGAGAGGAGCUCCAUCAAAAAGUUGAAAUCUACAGAUUCGGCUUUGUCCACUGAAGAGAGCGACGGUGCCGAGGACAAUGAAGAAAUUCGAUGCUCAGCGAACACCGAUUUUCACAAUGAAGAGUUGGCACAUCACGCGAAAGAAGGACCGUCCUCUGGGCCUGCUCAGCCUCCAUCAAGUAAUGACGCCACCAUAGAGGACGAUAUCAUUGUUUUAACAACAAGUGAUUCAUACAAGAAGUCUCUUCAGCGAUGCUUCGCUGCUUACGGCCUUGGAAAUGCGGCGGCAGAUGAGAUUGGUGAUUGGCGCACUUCUGAUAAGAUUGUGUUCCUCACUUCGAAGUGGCAUUCAAAUAUGAAGGACUUGGUUACAUCUUAUGAUCUCAAUGCUGACGGUACACAGGCCAUAAUCGCAUUGUUAUCGAGAAAGCAGAAGAAGUUAUUAGUUGAGUCGGAAAAUGAGUCCGAGUACUUUCGUUCUCUUUUAUCCACUAAAGCCAUCGUCAAGAGGGACCUGGAUGAACUGACCGCAUUGUUUCGCUCUUCAUCUUCUUCCCGCCCUAUUGUGAGGGUCCCUGAUGAGACAUACUCAUUUGAAAUCAGGCAUGUCUACGAAAACGUUAACAAGGCUGCUCGUCAAGGAGCGUUAGAAAAUUUAGUGGCAUAUAUAUCCGAGUCCUUACAUCCUGCCAAUAUAGCAUCGACACUGAAAGAAUUAGAAGGUGUGGAGGAACUGGUAGCUGCGUUUUCCGCAAACAAGGUCGAAAAUGCUGUCAAGAAGAGGAUGUCUACUAGUCAAUGAGAGGUGGUGGACAACAUCAGCUGUAAAAUUCUAGUGUGCGUUUGCCGCUUAUGCAUAAUUUGUCAAUCGGUCAUUCAAUUACUGUCACCUUUAUUACCACUUGUUGUCAGUUUGAAAGUUUUUUCUCAGAGUACUACUUUUACCUCAUUUCAAAGAAGAACUUUUUUAGGCUUA